AUGUCUAAAGUAAUCCAGGAGGUGCAAUCGUUCCGUGAGAAGAACCGCUCCUCACCUCUCUUUAACCACCUCUCUGCUGUCAGUGAGAGCGUUCCCGCCCUCGGCUGGGUUGCCAUGGAAAAUCAGGAGAGUGCCCAUGGCCUUGUGAUCAGUGACACAGAACUAAAGCAGGUGGUUUAUGCCUUUAAGUGCAACAACAGCACUUUACAGGUGAAGGGGAAGAUUAACUCCAUUAUUCUAGAUAACUGUAAGAAAUUGGGUCUCGUCUUUGACGAUGUUGUGGGUAUUGUUGAGGUGAUCAACUGCAAAGAUGUUAAGGUCCAGGUUAUGGGUAAGGUGCCAACCAUCUCCAUCAACAAGACAGAUGGCUGCCAUGUGUACCUGAACAAGGACUCUCUAUCAUGUGAAAUCAUCAGUGCUAAGAGCUCAGAGAUGAAUGUGCUGGUGCCCAACAAAGAUGGAGAAUAUACUGAGAUCCCAGUCCCUGAACAAUUCAAAACCGUAUGGGACGGUAGCAAGCUGGUCACCACAGCAACCGAGAUUGCUGGAUAAACGACCAGCCUGUGUGAGACCACCCCCAUUGCAGUGUCCUACCUGACUGACCAAUGAGCUUAAACUACAAAAUAGAAUGGAAUGCCAACCAGGUCCACUCUCCUAUCAGCGGCAAUUUUCCUUCAGCUAGUGACAUGACUGCUUGCUUGCCACAAGCACUUGCUCAGUCAGCGGCAGGGCUCCAUUCUCUUCUAUUCCAUUGAUUUAAAACAUUAGCACUUGAAAUUGAUUGCCAACAAUUGAGGUGUUUUCAUGUGUUUUGUUUUGUUGUCUUGCAGCCAUACUAAGCAAAAUAUGAAUGGCCAAUGUGAGGAAGCAAGUCAUUUUAUCAUAUUUUGUAUUUUUUUUUUUUUUCAUUUGUAUUUUCUGGUCAGGAGGCAGGUUUUUUGGGGG